AUGUUGACGUCAGUGUUGCUGCUGGCCCUGACUCUGUCAGGAAUCCGAGCUCUCCCGAUCGCAGCUCGUCCAGGUUCCCAGACGACGUCCUCCCUCCAGCUGGACUCGGACUCUGAUUCUGGACUCGUCCCUGGUGACGAUGGCACUCCCAGCAGGUUUCCUGGUCAGGUGCAGCGUGACAUCAGUGACAUGAGCAGGAGAGUGGCUUUCAUCCGAGCGUCUCUGGGGAAUGGAUUUGGUGAAAUGGAGAGAAGACACUGGCUGAACCAAGACCUUCCUGAUGAUGUUCCAGCUCAGAAGAUCCAAACUGGUGGAUGGGUACGAGUAGAGCUAACUUCUGAUCCUCAUCUACCACAGGGUUUCAGACAGGGAACCGAACCUGUUCAUCAGAUCCCAGAGGGUUUCAGACAGGGAACCGAACCUGUUCAUCAGAUCCCAGAGGGUUUCAGACAGGGAACCGAACCGGUUUACAAGAUCUCAGAUGGUUUUAGACAGGGAACUGAACCCAUGAUGUCCAUCCCAGAGGGUUUCAGACAGGGAACCGAACCCAUUCAUAAGAUCCCAGAGGGUUUCCGACAGGGAACUGAACCCAUGAUGUCCAUCCCAGAAGGUUUUAGACAGGGAAGCGAACUGGUUUACAAGAUCCCAGAUGGAUUUAGACAGGGAACUGAACCUGUUCAUCAGAUCCCAGAGGGUUUUAGACAGGGAACUGAACCCGUUCAUCAGAUCUCAGAGGGUUUUAGACAGGGAACUGAACCCGUUCAUCAGAUCCCAGAUGGAUUUAGACAGGGAACUGAACCCAUGUCCAUCCCAGAUGUGGAUGAGGGAACCGAACCCGUUCAUAAGAUCCCAGAGGGUUUUAGACAGGGAGCCAAAGUCAAGAGGUCAAUCGCAGAUGGCUUUAGACAGGGGAGUGAACCUGUUUAUAAGAUCCCUGAUGGAUUCAGACAGGGAACUGAACCCAUGUUGUCAAUCCCACAUGGUUUUAGACAGGGAACCGAGCCUGUUCAUAAGAUCCCAGAUGGUUUUCGACAGGGAACAGAAUCUAUGUCUGUCCCAGAUGUGGAUGAGGUGGAAGAACCCAGUGCUUUUCAUCUCCCAGAAGGUUUCAGACAGGGAACUGAACCCAUGAAGUCAAUUCCAGAAGGUUUCAGACAGGGAACUGAACCCGUGAAGUCAAUUCCAGAAGGUUUCAGACAGGGAACUGAACCCAUCAUGUCCACCCCAGAUGGUUUUAGGCAGGGAACUGAGUCUGUUCACAAGAUCCCAGAAGGUUUCAGACAGGGAACCGAACCCUCUGCCUCAAUGAUCCAAACACACAUCACAUCCUGUCGGGGUGAAGUCAUCAAUAAAAACUGCUUUGAGUUCAACCCGACGCCGCUGACCUUCCAGGACGCACAGGUCGACUGCAGAGCUCGUUCUCUGAACGCCGAGCUCGCUUCUGUGACCGGCCGCGAUCUGCACGACCGCCUGGUUUCCCUGGUGACCAAGGGAGGCCAGAGGAGGCCGGUGCUGACCUGGCUGGGAGGAACGGUCAAGGACCAGAAGGCAUCAUGGGAAGAUGGAUCUGAGUGGAAUUACAGCGUCUGGAUGCCGGGACAUCCAAACAUCCACGCCGACAAACGUGUGUGCGUGGAGAUGUUCCGCAAAGAUGAGAGCGGGUGGACAACAGUGGACUGUGAGCAGAAGAGCGCCUCCAUCUGCUCGUACCCCGUCACUGCAUGAAGUUUCCACAGCUGAAUAAACGUCAUGAUAAAGUCGAUCUCA